AUGGACGGCGACGCGCAAUACGUCCUCCCCGCCAUGCGCAACCUCCACCACGCUCUGGAAUCUGCCGGCCUGGAUGACCGUCUCACGGUGGACACCGGGGUCCUCGGGUCGACCUUUCUGCCCUCCAAUGACGCCUUCUCGGCCGACACCAGUUCUCCGUUCUUAGUCAGCUUUUACACUUACCCCCUCCACUCCGGCAACAACAGCAUGGUGUCGCUUUCGUACGCUUUGAUGAAUCACCCCGCCGUCUGGAUAGAUGACACGUUCGCAUACACAUAUCCCUUCAACUCGCUGGUCGACCCCUUCUACGCGGCACUGAAGAGGGAGGGAGCGCCGCAGGUGCCCGUGGUGGUGGCAGAGACUGGGUGGCCAUCACAAGGUGUAGCUGGGCCAAGCACAGAAAACACACAGACGUAUAACCAGAAUCCGAUCAGGCGCAUCGGAAAAGGAACGCCGGCCAGGUCCGGUGAGAUCGAGGUGUACAUUUAUGGCAUGUUCCACGAGGACCAGAAGUCUCAUGAAUCGAAAGCAAAAUUCGGCCUAUUCAGUCCUGAUAUGCAAUCAGUUUAUCCGCUCGGUUUUAGUUGGAAACAUUCGACUUAG